CAGGAGUACGAAAGAGAGAGUAAGGCAGCUAGUGUGGGACAGCGAUCGGGAUGGCCAGAGAAAGAACGAGAGAGAAACGGCAAUGGAAACGGCGAAAUAACCGCUCGCUCGAGUGGUAGGCACCACCUACUGUACGCGCGCGUUCGCUCUGCUGCAGUUUUGUGUACGGCUYGGAGUCUACGUGACUACGUGACCAGAGUUACCGGGUCACCGCGACGAUAACGUAUWACGAUUAACAAACAAUAAUAUUUUUUUAAGCACGCGUCAUAUCAAACAUUGUUUGACGCGAUGUGAUCAAGAUAGGUACCUGUAUUGUAUCACUGCAGCGCGACAUGUAGUAGCCCCUUCCGUCUUAUACACGAUCGAUCGUAUCUUGGCCGCACUAUAGUCAUGAUGAUGAGAGACGUCUGCUGCAGUUCUCUCUUAUCUCAUUGUCCCGAAAGUUCUGCAACGAUAAUAUGAUUUCGAACUCAAACGUAMGACGUCGUCUUGCUGUUCCCCCGACCAGUUUAAAGAUAUUUGAGUGAUGAAGGUCGAAAACAGCGAUGUGCCCACAAUAUUCAACCCACGGAAGCCAAGACUUUCGCAAAGUAACGCCGUGUUGACGUCAGACCACAGACCGUAUGGUCCUUUCUCGCACGUGCUGUCCAGAAGCGAGUCUCUGUGUCAGCCCGAAGAUGUGGAACAAGUGGAACAGUGCCAGCGGAGGCAGUUGGGUAUUUUCAAGAGGCUGAAGAACAAAUGCUGUUCGAAACAUGCGAGGAAGGUUUACUACGGUUUGUGCGUCACAUUUUUCGUCACCGCGUCUUGGGUUGGUGCCACGCACGCUAUUAAAUACCUGUAUAUGUACCAUCCGACCAAAUAUCCAGUGCUUACAGGCAGCGGGUUUAAUUUUUCGUCCAUACACCAACAAACGCUGAUGACGUACAAUGCGCCAUUCUUCACCACAUGGUUUUGCACGAACUGGACCGUGCUAUUCUUCCCGCUGUACUUUUUCUGUCAGCUGGGUAGCCCCAACUACCAGACACCCACCGACAUUCUUGGAGAGAGYGUCCGAAACUUUCGGGACCGCGGGUUCACCGCCGCACACUUCCUGACUCGGUGCUGCAUGUUCUGCAUGCUCUGGGUGUUCACCAACUACCUGUACAUACACGCGCUCAGCAUACUCGUGGCCACCGACGCCUUGGCCUUGUUCGCCAUCAACGUGUGUUGCGUGUACCUGCUCUCAUGGGUCAUACUCCACGAUCAGUUCGUCGGCGUCCGGAUCGUGGCUGUCAUCUUGUGCAGCACAGGGGUGGCUUUACUCGCCUACAUGGACGCCGGCAUUACGAACAAAAAGAAAACCAUGACCGGGGUUCUGUUAGCGGCUUUAGCGGCCGCCGGGUCAGCAGUAUAUAAAGUGAGUACCUCUGGCACAAACACUACUACUAAAAUUAACAAACUACUUCUAYGUGUGUUCAUUYKGUAUAUUUCUGUAGGUAUAGAAUCCAACGGACAACGACUUUUUUUUUGUUCACAUGGCCAUUUUUACUUGGCCUAUUUUACUGUUUCAGCCAUUGACAUAACCAUACACGAUGUACAGUUUUACGGUAUGAAACUGGCUGGCAUCAUACUUAUAUCGAUCGGUUUCUUAUUGGUCAUGUUUCCUAACAACUGGCCAGAAUACAUUUUUCGAUUGCUCAGGAAUAUAAUACUACUGAGUCAUAGCGCUAGGUGGAGCCGGAAGAACCGGGGACUGCCACCCAACCCACCAAAAGUGGAAAUUGACUACCGGACCGGGUACAUCAGGUCGCAUUUGCGAUCUCCGUCCGGUCGGGUCAGGUGACCGACUACUGCCAUUGCCGCUCACGCACCACGGACGUCGACAUCGUUAUUCGUCGCGAUCGACAAACGUUGUAUUAUCAAUGAUAAUGAUAAUAAUAAUAAUAACUGUCGUCGUAUUGCGAAUAUUACGAUUUCAUUUCUUAGCCGUUUUACUUCUUUAUUAUAYAUGUAAAUAAUAUUCCUUAGAGACAGUGCUUGAAUGAAUAGGGGAGAGGAGGGGCAAACUACCACUUAUUUUUUUUCAAAAGCCAAUGGUCAAAACACGUAUCUUAUAAUUUCAUUGUGAUUAUCAGAGAGAUUAUAAAUUUAUAUUAUUCUACAUAACCUUCUGUCCUUCCUAAACUCAGGUCCUAUAUAGGCUGUGCGGGAACCAAAAAAAUUUACUUUAACUUGGUGUUAUAUUAAUUACUAAAAUACCUGAUUCGCAGUGCUCGACUUGG